AUGAUGAAUCAAGUUGCAUUUAUAUUGUGUUUAACUACACUUAUUAUUUGUUCGGUAUCAUGUUUAUUUUCAUGUGCUAUACUAAUUUGUGUUAUUCAUCAUCUUUGUCAUAAUCGUUUACAACAAGAAGAUCGAAUAAUAUUUAUUCAUUGCAUUAAUAUUUAUUCAUUAGUUUUGGCGUAUAUUGGAAUAAUAGCAUCAUUUAAUAUUCAAACAGUUCUAGGAAACUUAUAUGAAUAUGAUUUUAAUUCAUCAUGGCCAUGGUGUAUAUUUGCAGGAUAUAUAACUCCUAUUUUAAUCGGGUGUAUAUAUUGGGCUUUUGUAAAUCAGGCAUUCUUUCGUCUUUGUCGAGUUGUAUAUCCAUCUAUACGAUGGCUUCAAUUAUACCAGUUAUAUAUUAUUUUACCAUUCAUAGAAUUAGUUUUCAGUUGUAUUUUAAUGAGUUUGAUUCUAUUUUUACAUUCUGUUGUUUAUCUUCCAACAGAUUAUUAUUGUUUUGUACCAUUUACAAAUGUGUAUAGUAUGCUUUGGCUUGCAUUUAAUGGUUACGGGAAUCAGAUUGGUGUAUUAUCAUUUAUUUAUAUCCGCAUUACAAUUUUUCUUCGGCGUCAAACAAAUACUCAAACACUUAUAGUUAGACAACGACAAGAACGUGAUUUUCUUAUCAUUCGACGUAUUCUCAUAAUUGUUGGUGUCUUAAUAAGUCUUGGAAUACCUGCUAUAGUUUUUCUAGUGACGGCAUUUAUUACACAUGAAGAACAUCCUCUCACUGGUAUUGGAGCUUCUGGUGCUAUAUAUGGUUUAUCAUUAUUUUCCAUUGUAGAACGUCUUAAUGCAAUGAAAACAAAUGUCGAUCAUCACCGAUUCAUAUUUAUGCAAUUAAUUCUAUUUGUUGUAUUUCCUAUGACCAUCAUCAUAUCUUUAGCGACUAUUCUUCGCAUGAAUGUGGGACAUGCAGCUCAUUUUGGUGGUGCUUUAGUAGGUUUUCUGUUUGGUAUCGGUAUGUUUGGUUAUCCAUGUCCAUAUUCAUCGAAUAAUAAUUAUUGUAACUUUCAAAAGGCAUGCCGAUGGAUAGCAUUUCUUUUUCUUUUUAUCUACUUUGUUUUUACUUUCACUAUUUUUUUCCUAAUGGAUGCUCCUGAAUGUGAAGUUGUUAGUUUUGGAAACAUCUAUCAUCAAUUUCCUCAUCAUUAUGAAAUGAAUAUAUCGUAA